AUGAUUACACCUUCAAAACAUCCAGAAAUUCAUUUGUCCUCAGAGACAUCUUCUCAAAGGAGAAAUAUGCCCAUUCAUGCAGUCUUUUUUGACAGCAUUCCUUCAGGGACACUUACUCCUGUGAAAGAUUUGCUGAAAUAUCAGAACUCCUUUCUAAAACUGAAUGACCAGAAAAAGAAUCAACUCUCAGAAAUGAAAUUUUUUCAAGAUAAAAAUGUAUUUCAUUCUACCAUGCUAGCAGAGCCUAGCACUUCUAACAGUCUUCUUAAUAUUGAUAUCAGUGCUAUAAAACCCAAUAAGGAUGGAUCAAAAAAUAAAGCAAACUAUGAAUCACCAGGAAAAGUAUAUCAAAGAAUGAAAGAGAAGUUAAUGUAUACUAAACAAGAACAAGCAUCACCAAAAAGUGAAAGUAACAAAAUUUUUAUGCAUAAUGGAGCUGAGAAAAGAGUAUUGCAGCAUACCUACCUCUAUGAGGAAAAGGAAAACAACAAAUCAUUUAAAUCAGAAAACAGCUUAUUAAGAGUGACUAACACAUCUCAACUUCUUUCUUCAAAAAAAAAAAUCUCAACCUCAGCCCAAGAAGUUCCUCUAGAACUAUCAAAUAUUUUACUCCCAGUCAAGCCAAAGAUACAAUGUCAACAAGCAAAGAAAACGCCUCUGCAAAGAAAACGCCUUUUGCAACAAGCAAAUUUAACUUAUGAGCUUCCAAUUCUGAACCAAGAACAUGAAAAUGUUUCAGCUGCAGGAGUCUCCAACAAGGCAUUAACUAGAGCUCAGUUGGCAAAACAAAUUUUUUCAAAGGAGAAUACAGUUUCAACCACUAAGUUCAAAAAGAACACAUUUGUUUUAGAAAACAUUAACGCUACCUAUGAAAAAUUCCCAAAUACUACUGUUGAAACUCUCAAUACUAACUGUGUUUCUCUUAAAAAUGACAGUCAAUUAAUUUCUGUUAAUGAGGUCAGAAUAAAAGGGGCUUCACAACAAGAAAUUAAGGGAAGAAAUGAGAAAACAGUGUCCAGAGAAACUGUUCUUCCAGGUUCUAUAAAUGACACAUGUAAAAUUGUGCUUGCAACUCCAGGGUUUAAUGUAACAAUACCUCAGGAAUCAAAAAGAUACACUUCAAAGCUUCUUCCAAGUAUAUGCCAAACUACUACAAAUGGAGUUAAAAAUAAUAAGGUAGUCCAGCUACAGGAAUGGAUGAUUAAAAUAAUCAACAAUAAUACUGCUAUAUGCGUAGAAGGAAAAUUGAUGGAUGUCACUAAUAUCUAUUGGCACAGUAAUGCAAUUGUAGAACGGAUUGAACACAACAAACUUAAGACAUUAUCAGGCAACAUUUAUAUAUUAAAAGGGAUGAUAGACCGGAUUUCCAUGAAAGAAGCAGGUUAUCCAUAUUAUCUCAUAAGGAAGUUUAUGUUUGGCUUUCCAGAAAAUUGGAAAGAACACAUUGAUACUUUUCUAGAACAAUUAAGGUCUUGUGAAAAGAAAAAGAAAAAGGCCAGACAAAAACAGAAAAGUAGAAGAUUUGUGCCUGACAUAGGGAAAUCAAUGAAAAAUGAUGCAGGAGUAAACCAAACAGAUGGCCCCCAAAAAACCAGCACCAUUUAUGAUCUUGAUUGUAACCAUUUGGAACUGAAGAAGAGUAAGCACAGUACAUUGCCAGGAGCUAUAGAAUUAAACAUUUGCCAGAGUAAUCUUCAAAAUAAACCAUCAUUAAGCUUACCAGAUGACCAAAUAAAGAAUACUGUUCAAAAAGGGGAAGAAUGUGACUUACCUAAUCAGGAAUUGAUCGGAAAAAGGGAAUAUAAGAAGUUAUCUUCAAAAAAAACCAAAAAUUGUGAAAGAAUAAAUAAAGAGAAAAUUGAAAGUCAGAAGCAAGAGCAAUCCGAAGAAUCGAAGGUAUCCAUUGAUAUUAUCAUCUCAGGGAAGUCACCUUUGUUAGACGAAGAAAGAAAAUAUGUGGCUACUAAUCAGAAGGAAGUCUAUGUUGUAUUAACACCACUUACAUCUAAAAAUGUGAUAGAGCAAAAAUGCAUGAAGUAUAAUGUGUCCCCUGGUGCCAUUAAAGCAGUAUCAGAUUUUCUGGUGCCAACGCAUCAAAAAGAAAGUGAAUCAGACUUAAAUGAAACUACCUGUCCAAUUAGUAAGCCCAGAAAGACUUUCAAAGAUACAUUUGAGUGUGACGUGGAUCAUACAAGCAUAAACAAGGAAGAUUGCAUUGAACGUGAUAUACUCACUGUCAACCAGAAAAUAAAAAUACCUAGUUCUAACAAAAAACAAAUGGUCACCUCUGACUUUAAGAACAAUACAAAGUUAUCAACAUCAAAGAAAAUUGAAAAAAAUCAAAUAACAAAUCAAGAUUUGUCUGCUGACAAGAGUGAAACGGGAAAGAAAAUUAGAACAAAAGCUGCGGAUAUUAAAAAAACCACAGCAAGAAAUACCAAGGAAACAGUAGUCCACCAGAGAAAAAGCAGAAGGAACAUCACUGGAAAAAUCUCAGUGACCUCUGAAUCUGAAACUGAAGAAAGUGAAACUGAAUUUCAUACUCUAAAACAGAAAGCUAGAUGUUCUGCUGAAAUAAAUUGUCAGAAAUCUGGUAUUAUUAACAAAAAGGGAUCUGAUCAGACAAAGAGGCAUUCCUUAGAAUGUUUACCUGGUUUAAUUCAGGAUGAAGAAUGGAAUGAGAAGGAAUUAGAGAAGCUUCAUUGUGCUUUUGCAUCUCUUCCCAAGCACAAACCUGGUUUCUGGUCAGAUGUUGCUAUGGCUGUAGGUUCUCGAUCUGCUGAAGAAUGCCAGAGAAAAUACAUGGAAGAUCCCCAAGGAAAUGGAUUCCAGAAACAUGUCACUAAGAAAAAGCCAGUCAAUUCCAAAGGUCAAAAAAAUGACAAGAGAGGUGAUUCAGAUGAGAAGCAAGCUAUUAAGAUAACUGCCAAAGUGGGAACUCUUAAGAGGAAGCAGCAGAUGAGGGAUUUUCUGGAUCAGUUGCCAAAAGAUGACCAUGAUGAUUUUUUUAGCACAACACCUUUGAAGAAACAAAGAGUGCUGUUGCCAAAUUUCCAGGUCAGUCAAGAAGAAGAUAAUCUGCCAAAUAUGGACAGAAAUCCAACAACUCCAUCCUCAGUUAUCUUUCCAUUGGCAAAAACUCCUCAGUGUCAGCAUGUCAGUCCUGGAAUGCUAGCCUCUAUAAACAGGAAUGAUUGUGAUAAAUAUGUUUUUCAUAUGCAAAAAAAACAUAAAAAGAAAGGUGGUGUUGUCUGGGGCAAUAUCAAGAAAAAAACAGUUGAAAGUGACUUUUCAACUCCAUCAAGAAGAAAAACUCUACUUAACAAAGGAGAAAGCUCUACUAUUGGAAAACUUUUCACUAAUGCUAUGGAGUCCUUGGAUGAAGAAGAGAAAGAUUAUUAUUUUUCAAGUUCUGAUUCUGCAGAGUAA